AGGAGGUUUGUCCCCAGCGCCGAGCCGUAUACCCACCCUCGCCGCUGCCAUGGCGGCAGCUCCGCCGCUCUCCAAGGCUGAGUAUCUGAAGCGUUACCUGUCUGGGGCAGAUGCAGGCAUCGACGGGGCUCCCGAGUCCGGUCGCAAGCGGCGUAAAAAGCGGCCAAAACCUGGCGGGGUUGGCGGCAAGGGAAUGCGGAUUGUUGAUGAUGAUGUGAGUUGGACAGCUAUCUCCAACACUAAACCAGAAAAGGAGGAGGAAGAUGAUGGAGAUUUGCCUGUGGUGGCUGAGUUUGUGGAUGAGCGGCCAGAAGAAGUAAAGCAGAUGGAGGCCUUUCGUUCCAGUGCCAAAUGGAAGCUUUUGGGAGGUUACAGUGAAGAUGUACCCUCACAUAGACAUUUCCAUCAUGACACUCUGGACCCAUCUCCUAGGCGGAUCCGUCAUGACACCCCAGAUCCAUCUCCUCCUAGGAGGGCCCGUCAUGACACCCCGGAUUCAUCUCCCUCUGGCAGGGUCCAUCAUGAUACCCUGGAUCCAUCUCCUUCUAGGAGGGCUGGUCAUGAUACCCCCGAUCCAUCUCCUCCUAGAAGGUCCUGUAAUGACACCCCGGAUCCAUCUCCUCCUAGGAGGGUCCGUCACGAUACCCCGGAUUCUUCUCCUCCUAGGAGGGUCCGUCAUGAUACUCCAGAUCCAUCUCCUCCUAGGAGGGGCCGUCAUGAUACUCCAGAUCUGUCUCCCCCAAGAAAGGCCUGUGAUGACUCAGACAUAUCUCCUAACAGGAGGGUCCGCCAUGACUCCUCAGAUGCUUCGCCCCCCAGGAGGGCCUAUCAUGUUUCUCCAGAUCCUUCUCCCUCCAGAAAGCCUCAUCAUAAUUCUUCAGGUGUAUCUCCUAAGAGAGUCCAUCAUGAUUCCUCAGGUAUCUCUUCCUCCAGAAGGGCCUGUAACAACUCCCCUGAUACAUCCCAAACUAGGAGAACUUUUGACUCCUCAGACACAAGGCAUCCCAGGAGGGCCCAUCACGACUCCCCUGAUUUGGCAACUAAUGUUGCUCAUUUACUGCCCAGAACUAAAAGUAAUAAAGCUCCAGAAAGAGCUUCCAGUAAGACUUCUCCACACCAGAAGGGGCCAGGACCCUCUCAUCCAUCACUCCCAAAGAACAUCAAACAUGAGUGUGACUCGGAUCUCUCUCCUCCACGAAAAAAACAAACAAAAGCCCAUUAUGGAGAUAAGAAGCCACUUGAUUCUAAAGGUGACUACUGGAAAGCCUCUGAUUCAGAUCUUUCUCCUCCACUGCAUAAACAAAGUUCAGGGCACCAGGAUUCUGAUUCAGAUCUGUCACCUCCACGGAAUAGACCAAGACACCGGAGUUCUGAUUCUGACCUCUCUCCACCAAGAAGAAAACGGAGGACCAAAUCUUCUGAUUCUGAUCUCUCUCCACCUCGAAGGAGUCAGCCUCCUGGAAAGAAGGCUGCAUACAUGUAUUCUGGGGCUAAAACUGGGUUGGUGUUAACUGACAUACAACAAGAGCAGCAAGAGCUCAAGAAACAGGACCAGGAAACCAAGGCAUUUGAAGCUGAAUUCCAGUUUGCUGAAACUGUAUUUCGUGACAAGUCUGGUCGGAAGAGGAAUUUGAAACUGGAACGUCUAGAGCAAAGGAGAAAAGCAGAGAAGGACUCGGAGAGAGAUGAGCUGUAUGCCCAGUGGGGAAAAGGGCUUGCCCAGAGCCGGCAACAGCAACAAAAUGUGGAGGACGCAAUGAAGGAGAUGCAGAAGCCUCUGGCCCGCUAUAUUGAUGAUGAAGACCUGGAUCGGAUGCUCAGAGAACAAGAAAGAGAGGGGGACCCCAUGGCCAACUUCAUCAAGAAGAAUAAGGCCAAGGAAAACAAGAAUAAGAAAGUGAGACCUCGCUAUAGUGGCCCAGCACCUCCUCCCAACAGAUUCAAUAUCUGGCCUGGAUAUCGCUGGGAUGGAGUGGACAGAUCCAAUGGUUUUGAACAGAAGCGCUUUGCCAGGCUUGCCAGCAAGAAAGCAGUGGAAGAACUUGCCUACAAAUGGAGUGUUGAGGAUAUGUAACUUCUCUGAGGCACGAUGGGGUGCUGUGGAUUGUGGUAGUGGGCAUAGGACAGCCAGAAUCCAGCUGUAACAUCUGUCUGUGCACACAGUCAGGGCCCACACAGACCAGCAACUUGUCAAAUGCCAGUUUUGACCACAGAAGAAUAUUCGAAACCUGAUCUUUGGACUGAGGCACCUGGACUUCUCAGGUGUGUCAACACACUCUGUGGCUAGCUUUCAUGGAAGCAGUGAUUUCUAUAUCCCAGAGUUUGUUCUUGGCUAGGAUUUUUCUUAUUUUAAUAAACAUACAUUUAUUUUUUUAAAAAUAA